CAUAAGGCUCUGUCUUGGCACGACUCGACCUCUCCAGCUGCCAGUAGCGGUAAGUAGCUAUAGGAUCUGAGCGCGCGUUCUAUCACGAAUCGUCGCGCCUGGCCACUAGGUUACUUAUUCUCGCGCCCAACACCAUCCGCAGUCUCCCAUAAGUUUUCACUUGGUUCAACCAUAAUGACCAUGCCGACCCAAAUCGACCCAUACAAGGCGCUGGCUCUCGGAACGCGAGUGAAGCUCAACACCGACGCACCAUUCACGCCCACAUACAUUCAGGCCUCACUCACCCGAUCAGGAGAUCCACAGGGUAUAUACACGAAUCGUGUUAAGAAUAAACACAUCAUCCUAGAAAACCCUGCUCGAGCAAGCAGCGCACAGAAAGAACGCGAUUCAAAGAAGGCAAGAAGGGAAUCGGAAAAGAAGAAAAGAAAAACUGGUGCGCUAGGACGGAGAUCCACAUAUGCGAAAGGCCUCUGGAAGCUUGAGAACGGGGCAGAAAAGUUUGAUCUAUUCCUCCCACUCCAUCAGCUAUGGAUGGGAUACAUGUCUGAACUGUUGGGACUCUCACCUCCAUCUUCCGUUCCGGCCACCAAAGCAAUGCCCAGCUCGUCAUCUAUGCACGCAAAGCUGGUGAAGGCCGACUUCCACGGUUCUCUAUUGACUGUCUGUCAGAGCAAGAAUCCUUGCUUGGUCGGCUUGUCUGGUAUCGUGAUUCACGAAACUGAAAACGCCUUCAAAGUAAUCACUCGUAAAGAUCAACUCAAAUUAAUUCCAAAACAGAACUCGAUAUUCACGCUGGCGGUUCCCCUAUACUCUACAUUGCCUCAAACGCAAUUCGAACCAGCGGAAGCUGUCAGCUCCGCGCUGAGUGGUCAGUGUUCAGCAACAGUCCUGGAUGCUCCGCAUAUUGCAUUCGAUCUAUAUGGCAAUCAAUUUGGUUUUCGAUCUGCAGAUCGUGCGGGUAGGAAGUUCAAGGCCAAGGAAACGAUCGAGUUAUAGAUUACUCCGCGGCCGACGAUACAAACACCUGGUAAUCAUCAUCAUCUAUUGCAACAUAUUCCUACCGAAUCACACGUCC